UGUUGAAAGUUCAAAUUGUCAGUACAAAAAUAUACACAAAGAAAUAAUUUACAAUAGUGAAGAAAACUUUAAUUUAUUAAUUACUUCUAUAUUGAAAUGGCAAACUACCCUUACAGUUAUCCUGCACAAUUCUCACCUAUAUUACCCCCAACCGCGGAGUAUGGUAACCAGGGUGACGGUUACAGAGACUAUUAUGAAAUGGGACAGUUAAAGGAAGAUCGAGAUCUCAAAAGGACAGGACGACACCAUCGUACAGGCAAGGCGCGUUCCCGGUCUGCGAGCAGGACCGGCUCGAGUUCCCGGUCUCGAACACACUCGAGAUCCAGAUCAAGGUCCCGGAGUCGCUCGCCUAGCUGCACCACCGGCCGACAACACGACCUUAGUCUGAAGGAGCCCGGGAUUCUAGAUGCUUUUAGAGUUUUAUACCUCACACCCAGUAAACAUAAGAAGAGCGCAACCAAGUUCCUCGCAACGAAGAAACGACAGGACCAGGUACAAGAGAUUCUUAAAAAGGAUAGAUUUGGUUCGAAGAGAUGGUUCUUCUAUCCCCGGCAGCUGACGCAAAGCGACACUACGACGUCGUUGCCUCAACGAGAGAACUCCGAUCAACGAUUCAAAGUCGACGCAAACUUCUUUAGGAAAUACAAGCGGAGUAGGAAAGUGGACAAUGACGCUCCGAUUAUGAAACUCAAAAGAUGGGAGUUAGUUUUUUAUAAGAAGCUUGGUUUUAUACAAGCCGUUUGAUAUUUAAUUAUUUGCUAUUUAUCUAUUUAAGUUUUUCUAAAGAUGACAAUAAUUUUGUAGGUUACAUUAAA